CAAGUUUCUAACUGGAUCGGUAACCACAGAUCUCGUUUUGCCUGCGUGAAAGCAUUGAGGCCCGGAAGCCAUGUGUCAGCGGCGCGGCCUGCUGGAGCUGCUGUGUUUGGUUCUGCUGGGCUGGACUCUGGUUCGAGGUCAGGCGGAAACAGACCUAAAGCUGGAUGAGGAGGACGGAGAGGCGGAGGACCCACUCGGAACCGUGAAAAAUGUGGAGCUACAGAUAUCUUGUCCAGAGAAAUGCAGCUGCAGCGGGGAUGGAGCGGUGGACUGUAAUGGAGUUAGUCUCACUGAAUUCCCACAGGAUUUAUCCGAACAGACCCGCCAGCUGUCCCUGCAGAAUAACCAAAUCACUGAGGUCACGCUGGAGCAUCUGUCAGGUCUUCAGCAGCUGGAGACCCUAAACCUACAGAACAACCGGCUCACGACACAAGGCCUUGAUGAUGAAGGGUUUCAUAUUCUGGAAAGGCUGAGUUAUUUAUACUUGGCAAAUAAUAAGCUCACAGCAGCUCCUAAACACCUCCCUCCCUCUUUGGUCAGCGCUGAUUUCGCUGCUAACCAGCUCACUAAAAUCUACACCAACACGUUCGGCCAGAAGCCUGCUCUGAAGUCAGUGUAUCUCCAUAACAACAAGCUAACAGAUGCCGGUCUGCCAGAGAACAUGUUUAAUGGAUCAGACAACCUCGAGAUCCUCAUUAUGUCCAGUAAUUUCCUCCGUUAUGUCCCUAAGGGUCUGCCCACCGCCCUCUUCCGCCUACAUAUGAAGAACAACAAGUUGGAGAAGAUUCCCGGAGGUGCGUUCGAUAGUUUGUUCCAUCUUCGGGAACUUUACCUGCAAAACAACUUCCUGUGUAAUGACGGCAUGGAUAACGAGACCUUCAGUCACUUGAACAGUCUGGAAUAUCUGGAUUUGUCCAAUAACAACCUGACCGUUGUUCCUCUCGGGCUUCCUCGAAAUCUCAUCCUGCUUCACUUGGAGAAGAACUCCAUCCAGAGCAUCACAGCCAACGCAUUGACGCCCAUCCGAAAUUUGGAGUACCUGCUCCUCCACAACAACCGCCUCCGCUCUCGCUCCAUCCAUCCAUCAGCCUUCCAGGGUCUCAAACGACUCCACACCGUCCACAUGUACAACAACCUUCUCGAGCGCGUUCCCCGCGGACUUCCUCGCCGCGCGAAGACCCUCAUGCUGCUCCACAACUUCAUCGGCGAGAUCGGACGCAACGAUCUGAUCACGCUCUACACCCUGACGGAGCUCAACCUCAGCUACAACCGCCUCACCAGCGCCAAGCUCCACAGAGAGGCCUUCAGGAAGCUCCGCAUCCUGGAGACCCUGGAUCUGUCGGGAAACAAGCUGCAGACACUGCCAGUGGGUCUUCCCAAGAGCCUCCAGGUUUUGAAGGUGAAGGACAAUCAGAUGGCUGAGGUACCGGAAGGAGCUCUGAUGGGAAUGAGUUCGCUGAGGGAACUUUACCUGACCAACAAUCAACUGAAGCUGAACUCCAUCUACCAGGGAGCUUGGCAAGAGCUCAGCGCGCUCACGACGCUGGAUCUCUCCCUUAACAUGUUGUCACACAUUCCUUCUGACCUGCCCGAGUCUCUUGAGUUCCUUCACCUGCAGAACAACAGAAUCAGCUCUGUUUCAGACACAGCCUUCCUCAACACACCCAACAUCAAAGGCAUCUUCCUCAGAUUUAACCGUCUCUCAGUUCAUUCGGUGUCCGAAGAGUCUUUUUCUCACCUGUCCAGGCUUCAGGUGUUGGACAUUGGCCACGGUAACAUCUCUCCCAACCGAGGCCAAGCAGGAGAGCAGGUGGAGGAGGUAGAGGAGGAGUUACCGUACGAAGAAGAGGAGGAGAAACAUUCAUGAGUCACAGAUGAAAAAAACAGUAAAAAUUCAUGCCUUGAACUUCCCUUCACUCAAAAAGAAAAUAAAGAUGACAAGCAGUUUGAAAUUAUAAAUGCAUUGUGGCUGCUGACAAAAUGUGAUUGUUUCCAAAAGCAUUGACUAAUUACAUCUGCGUGCUUUAAUAUGACAUGUUAGACGUGAGAACGGAAAAUACUAAUUGUGCUACUACUAAUUUCUGUCUUUUUCAUUAAAAAAAUGGCUUUAUAUUGUAAUAGGAUGCAACAGUAAGAAAACAAAAGUCCUAUACUUUAAUAUCUGGUGCAGGAUGCCGGAAAAUUUUAUUGGUUGUCUUUUAUUUUUUUGUUUUUGUGGUGUUUGCUCUUUCACGGCUCACGGCUCAUUGUGUUUACAUGCAUAAUACCGUUUUGUACUAUGAAAUGAUCAUUUCUUUCUCCAGAGAAAAGGCUUGGGGUAUUUUUUUCUGUAAAGGAAGACUUAUUGUUGAAAAGAAAAAUGCUGUCUUCUGAAGUCAUAGGAUAGUUUUGUGUGAGGAAGAGAACAAUAAUUGAUAGUUUGAUGUUUGACACUUUUGUCUGUUCCUUUACAAAUCUAUCAUAUGACUUGACUGGCUUGAUUGCUGGAUUGUGCACCAUUCAGAAUCUAAUUGAGGCUGUGUUUACACUACAACAGUGUGCUUAAAAUUUUGUGUUUUUUCACAUACAGACGACAGCAUUGUCAAAAUGAUCCCCGUCCACACAUAUCUGUGAAAAGUGACUUAAAAUGCUGUAUGAUGCAUGCCAGGCCAGUAGUUGCCAAUGUCACUUUGUAGAGAAACACUAUGUGAACAUGUAAUAUUCAUGCGCAUGUAAUCACCAUUUCACAGAUUUGUGUUUUUGUAGUUUACACGGAGACGAUAAUGGUAUCAUCUUCAAAACACAUUUCAAAAAUUUGCGUUUUUAGGUCCCAAAGUGCCAUUGUCGUGUAAAUGAACAGCCAAAACACAUAAAAAGUUCUGUUUUUAGUUGAAAAUGACGUUGUGUAAACGCUCCCUUAGAAUUCUCAUUCAAUUCCUGAACUAAGGUAGCAAAGAGGAACCAGAAUUUCAAUUUGACCCCAUAACCUCGUUUAAGAUAAUAAAAAAAGUUAAAAAGUCUUGAAAUUUGAAUAUUUUGUUGGCCUUUAUGGACCAGGGUUGAAGAACCCUUCAUUUCCCAGAAUG